UAAUGAAUCGCGGCACCAAAACAUCCGAACAGCACAGAAGAAACGACUUGAUCAGAUGGAGACGGAGACCGAUCAUCACAGACAAAACACGGAAAACCGUCAAUUUGUUCUUCAGACCUCGGGAUUUCUGAAGGGGUUUCUCUCCGCACGGGUCUGCCGUGAAUCAAACUGAACCGCGUCAGUGUUUGAAUAUCGAGUUUAAAAAUGUCUGUUGUUUUUGUUCCCAAAAAGCAACGCGGAAAAGCACAAAUCAACCAGGAGACAAUUCAGAGACUGCUGGAUGAGAAUGAUCAGCUGGUGAGAUGCAUCUCGGAGUAUCAGCAGAAGGGUCGAGCCACCGAAUGUGUUCAAUACCAGCAGAUUCUGCAUCGUAAUAUCGUGUAUUUGGGAACCAUAGCAGACGCCAGUACAGAGAUCCAGCCGGAGGACACACAGACUUCUGCUGACCACUAGACUUUACUCACUGUAAACAUGGUACAAUAAACGACCUGUUUUAUUGCUCUGCAGCUCAUUUAUGAUCAGAUAUUACGAGAUGAAGCCCCAAAUUAUCCGGUUUAACAUAUUUUAAGCACAGGUCAAAACAAAAGCUACAUAAAUAUGUGAUGCUGAAUGGUAAAGUAACAUUACUUCACAUAUGUUUGAAAUGUAAUAUUUAAUAUGCUUCGUGUAUUUACAUUAGGUUUUGUAAACUUACCUUGACAGUCGAUAAAUUCAGACGUCUCAUCACUGAUCUAAACUAGAUCCACUUUAUCACAAGAAAUUAAAUCAUUUUUGAACAGCUCAGAUAUUGCUGCAGGGAAACACUGUUCAUAUGUACAUAUUUUGAUCACGUUUUUGCUUCGAUGUUUUGUUUUAUACAUGUAUAAACCACAAUAAACAUGUAUGUAAUGGAAAACUAAUGAUCUUUUGCUUUUCUGCAAUUAAUAUUACAAUAUACUUUCUUACACUUGG